AUGGCGGUAGCCAGCUUGGGUCUGAGCUGCCCCAAAGGCGGCGACUUCUAUAUCUGCGAGGGGAGCACGGUAGAGUUCCUAGGCUGCUGCGCGACGAACCCCUGCGCCGACGGCAGCGGAAAGUGCCCGACCAAGGACAGGAGGAUAUCGGCCUUCAACCCGGACCGCUACGCCAACAUACCGGCCCAGGGCUGCGACGACGCGAGGCCGGCGAGCGAGAUCUUUUGGACCUGCACCAAUGACAUCUCCUUCAUCGGGUGCUGCGCGACGAACCCAUGUCGGGAGCCUGAUGGGCUUUGCCCGGCGACGAAUCUCAUUUCGGCGACGCUGAGUUCGAAUGCGAGCUCAAGGGCCGUGUUCGUACCGGAUGAGUCCGUGACACCUACGCAGUCGGCGUCGCCAACGCCAACGGCAGCUCCGACUGGGUCUUCUCCCGGAGAGGGUGGUGGCGGCGGAUUGGGGACGGGAGCCGUUGUCGGUAUUGCCAUCGGCGCUGCGGUAGCUGUCGGUAUUAUCGUGGCGAUGAUCUGGAGAUGCGGCUGGCACGCCAGGAAGCGCAACGAGAGACGCGAGCCGCCGGCAUGGGAGGCUUCUCAGGCUGCUCAGGCUGCCGUCCAAAGUCCCCAUCCGAGUCAACACCCGGAGAUGGGAUAUUCAACAAACAGCCCUAACCCCUACGAUUCAGCCCACGCAUCGUACGUGACAACAGCCGUUCCCAGCUCCUACGCCCCUUUAUCAUCUCCGAACUCGCCUUACUAUCCCACGAAGCACCCCGGAUCGCCCAUGAGCAUCGACCCGCGCCACGUGUCGACCUAUUCUGACAGCAAUGUGAGCUCUCUCAGUGGCCGUAAUAUGGGUGUGCGGCAUCUUCCAUCAUACCCGGCUAUUAGAGGGGAUUUGCAGCCGGUCAGUGAGCUGGACAGCACCGAGCGGGAGGUGCCGAGGGCAGAGCUGGGCGACGGGGCUCCGAUGGAUGCAAAAUGA